AAUUCCCACGGUUAGUUCAUGUUUGGCCCUGUCACAACUGAGAGACGUUUUGAAAAAGAGAAGCUGUUGCCGGUACGUCACGGCCGGGCAUGUUCAGGCAGCUAUACCGGUUGAGCCGGCGGAGGAGAAGGCUGACUUUUGUUUAUAGCGGGAGAUGCAAGCGCAGCUGGCCGAGUUUGAUGAAGAGAUCCCGGGACCUUCGUGCAGGCGACCCUCCGGCCUGAACGAAGAUGAAGGCCCCGUCUCGGACUCCUGGGUGUUGCGAACCCGGGAGCAGCUCAGGGUCUGUCCCAGCUUGAGACUGGUGCUCCAGGACCCGACGCCCGUGCUGGUUGUUGCGGUCCAGCGGUAUUUGGGAGAAGGUACCAGGCCCGCUGUUUAUUACUACGACGUCACCAUCUCUGAUGGAGCCGGGACGGACACCUGGUUCCUGUCGCCCGAACUCGGUCACUUGGUGCAGCGCAACCUGCUCCGCUGCGGCACCCAGACCAAGAUCAGCCGCUGCUCUUACCGCUUCCAGGAGAAGACGCUGGGCAGCGGCCUGGUGUGUAUCGAGGAGCUGGAGCUUGAGGGAGAGCAGCCUGCAGAGGCCCAUCACACCCAGCUGGACCUGGGGGAGCAGCUGCCUCUGCAGGGUGGCAGGAAACACUACCUGCCCCUAUGGAAUAGAGAAGACCCAUAUGGGCCCAUGUGGAAGGAGUGCAAGCAGGCAGACGAGCGUAUAGCUGUGGAUGUGUCCAGAGUUUGUUCAUUACAGCAUUUGGAAAAUAUUUGGAGAGUGAAAACAAAUUUACCUCCUGUGCUUGUUCGAAUCAUGCACAAAUCCAGGCUACGUUACUUUGGGAAACCGGAUAAAAAGGUUGACAUUCCGUAUCAGGCCUAUAUUGAGGUCGCUGAUUACUCUGGAAUGAUGUCACUUGUGCUGUGGAACUCACUGUGCCCCGAAUGGUUUAAUACACUUCAGAUUGGCAGGGUAAUCUUGCUUCAGAAUUACACAGUCAAAAAAGGUUACCCCAAAAGGACACUCCCAACUUCAGGGAACUCGCAGGUGAAGAGGCUGCCUUCCCUCGAAAUAAGCUUGAAUGCUCGGGAUCCCCUGCCUGUUAUUAACGUCAUCCAAGAAAACCUUGUGAAGCCUGACUGGAGAUUGCCAGAAGUCUUGUAUCUCUUUGCCACAAGAGUGGAGCUUAAUGAUCUACCUCACAAUAAAGUCUGUGACGUGAUAGGGCUGGUGACAUAUGUAGGAAGAUGUGAACGCAAAAGAGUUAGCGAUGACAGUGAAGAUUUUUGGUUGUAUCGUUGGAUAAAAGUAAUUGAUGGGACCACAGACCAGCCGAUUAUUAUGGAAAUCUUUGCUACCUCGCAGCCUGACCUAUUUGAACAGAUCUACCCAAUGUCUUAUUUGGUGUGUACACAAAUGCGGGUCGUCCGGGAAGAUCCAGAGGACAGUUCCAAUUUUGCGUACCUUACAACGUCUAAUGAGAGCCAGAUUUUUAUAACUGGGCAUCAUAAAGGACAGCCGUACAUCAGUGAUCAGAAAGUAAAAAACUUCAUUGGCUGGAUGAAAACUCAGAAUGAAGCAGAGGUGAAAGAAAAAGUUGUGAUGGGUGGAUAUCUUCCUUACCCACUAACACCAGCCACUUUCCUAAAGUACUGUAAUGAAAACAAAGUUGAGUCUAUUCUAACCUCCUUCAGUGAACUCAAGAAGACAUUUGGAAAUCUGCACUACCGAGAGCACAAGCGCAUUGCUGUUCAAGGCAUCGUUGUUGCGUUAAGAUGUCUGGCACACAAUACCAAUUCAGUAUUAAGGAAAGAUCCUGUAUCCUACAUUGAAGAUGGCCAGGAAGGAAUAAAGUUGCCAGAGACUGAACAGUCAGCUCCCCAGUUGCAGAAACCAGCGGCAGAAGUAUGUCUGCAACCCAAAAACAAACAUAAAAAGCCAAUGAACAUGAGGAAAAGACCACACGAGCCUGCACUAAAUGAUACUAAAAGCAGCAGCGUUGUCCCUCACACAUUCCAUGACUCGGAGAGCAGCGCCUCGGACUCCCACAUCUCUGAAGACCAAGAAGAUACCAACGAAACACUUGAGAAUGAUGCAUCAAAAUCUACUAAAGCCUUUUGGGAAAGUGACCUGUGGUCGGAGGUCAAAAAUUCUCUAAAAGAGCAUCUGCAUUAUAACAGGGUAUUUCCGGAGAGCCUCCCUCGGAAAUUUAACUAUAAUCACAAGGAAUUUCUGAUGCAGCAAUACAAUGUCCAUCCAUCAAAACUGUCAACAAUGUGCCACUCACGGAAAAAGAUUCAAGAAUUUACAUGUGCCAACAGCCUUGGUCACUGUGAGCUCACAAUUCUUAGUAUAAAUCAGGAUCUAGCAAUAGAUGUCAUUGCUCUGCCUGCUUUGUGCUCUAAUAAUUCCUGGAUGUUUACAAUGGAUCAUGUUCAAUCAAAUGAUCAUGAGUCUUCUGCAAAUACAGACUACGGUGAACUUGUGACGUUUGUGAAUGCACAGGACCGCCUGCGUGUCAUCUGCAUCUUGGAUAUCUGCCACCUGGGAGAAAACAAAGUGGAAGUCUGUCUCAACAGGAUCUAUAACCCUGCCAGUGAAAGAGGGUGCCCAGUUUAGUACCCAGUGUGCAUUACUUGAAAAUGUUUUUAAAAACCUAAUUUAAUACAUUUUUAACAUUUUAUAAAUUUGUAUUAACAUAUUUAAAUAUAUGAGCGGUAAUAAAAUGUAAAAUGUGUUUUUUAACAGUUCUUAACAGAAAAUGUUGAACAUUUUCUUUUAAUUGAACACAAUGCUUCGAAGUGCACUUUUACUAAAUGUACACACUUUAAAAAUACAUUUAAAGUGUGUUAAGAUUUGUUUAAUUAUGAAACAGUGUUUAUCGAAGCAUUAUUUGCUACUUCAUAUGUAUGUGUAUUCCUAUUUAUGUGGGAGCGGGUAUAUCUAUCUGAACUUGCACAAACGUUCCACUGUGAAUGUUUAUUGUGUUACUGCGAAAUGAAAUGCUAUUAUAUUUAAAUGUUCUGUGUCGUACGAUGCUUGCUUAGUAAUAUCUAUUUUUCUCUUUACAUGGCCUUGUUACAAUUAUGUAUUUUUUUAAGUGAAGGAUCCUAAUAAAACUUGAAGGCUG